UAAAAGCUGGUCACACUUUUUAUAAAACUGCAAUAUCAUUAGACGGCUUCGCUAAUUUGAUCAAAAAUUGUAUGUUUAUAAAGAAUUGAAACAUUGCACAAAAUCAGAUAAAAUGACCGGGACUAAUGUAUCAUCGACGGAGAGUAUACGCGAGAAGGCGCUAUCCGACUAUAGAAAGAAAUUGCUGGAGCACAAAGAGGUUGAGGGCCGACUCAAAGAAAAACGUGAGGAACUCAAGGAGCUGACCAAACUGUAUGACAAAUCAGAGAAUGAUUUAAAAGCCUUGCAGAGCGUCGGACAAAUUGUCGGCGAGGUUCUGAAACAACUGACUGAGGAUAAGUUCAUUGUUAAGGCAACUAAUGGACCCAGAUAUGUGGUCGGUUGCCGUCGUCAGCUGGACAAGGCUAAGUUGAAGUCUGGCACGCGAGUCGCUCUCGACAUGACAACGUUGACGAUUAUGCGCUAUUUGCCACGCGAAGUUGAUCCGCUUGUGUACAACAUGUCGCACGAGGAUCCGGGCGAUGUAACCUACUCGGCCAUUGGUGGCUUAACGGAGCAGAUUCGCGAGCUGCGCGAAGUCAUCGAACUGCCGUUGCUUAAUCCGGAGCUCUUCUUGCGCGUUGGCAUCACACCACCCAAGGGUUGUCUGCUCUAUGGACCGCCUGGCACUGGCAAGACACUGUUAGCCCGCGCAGUCGCCUCUCAGCUGGACGCGAAUUUCCUCAAAGUGGUGUCCUCGGCAAUUGUGGACAAGUAUAUCGGGGAGAGUGCACGUUUGAUACGUGAAAUGUUUAAUUAUGCUCGUGAUCACCAGCCCUGCAUUAUAUUUAUGGAUGAAAUCGAUGCGAUUGGUGGCCGUCGCUUCUCCGAGGGCACAUCGGCAGAUCGUGAGAUUCAGCGUACUCUAAUGGAGCUGCUCAAUCAAAUGGAUGGCUUUGAUUCAUUGGGACAAGUCAAAAUGAUUAUGGCCACCAAUCGUCCAGAUACACUAGAUCCUGCCCUUCUGCGUCCCGGUCGCUUGGAUCGUAAAAUCGAAAUUCCAUUGCCUAAUGAACAGGCUCGUUUGGAGAUUCUGAAGAUUCAUGCAUUAAAGAUUGCUAAGCACGGCGAAAUAGACUAUGAAGCCAUUGUCAAAUUGUCGGACAAUUUCAACGGCGCCGAUCUGCGCAACGUCUGCACAGAGGCGGGCCUCUUUGCCAUCAGGGCUGAACGUGAAUAUGUUAUUCAGGAGGACUUUAUGAAGGCCGUGCGCAAAGUGUCGGACAAUAAGAAGCUGGAAAGCAAAUUGGAUUAUAAGCCAGUUUAAUUUCAUUGCUAAUAUAAUUUAAAACAAGUAAAUACGAAUUACAUGUAUUAUAUAUAUACAGAUCUGAGUUUCCUCCAAUUGCUGAA